AUGCAUCUGAAAGGGAAUUCUCUAGAGGAUACCAUAAAAGCUUUUAUGGACACGCAAAAUAAAAUGAAUCAAAGGGUUGAUUCAAUGCUCACGCAGCUGGUGGAAGAAAACAAGGAAAUCAAAAGUCAGAUCACAAAGCUGACAGAAGCUUUAACCAUUCAGGAGCGCGGUAAAUUUCCAUCACAAGCCCAGUCCAAUUUGAGAGGACAACACAUGGCUCAAACUUCCAACUCUAAAGGUCAAAAUAUCAAGAAAGUUAAUGCCAUCUCUACUCGAAGUUGUAAGAAUUUUGACACGCCAUCAACAAGUACAACUACUUCGAGUAAUGAAGAAUCGGCUCAGGAGAAAAAAGAGCCAACAAAAAUUCCGGUAAAGGUACCUUUCCCCCAAGCUCUCCGACCACCUGGGAAAGUGCCGGAAAAUCAAAGUGAGAUCCUAGAGCACUUGACACAAUUGAAGAUCAAUCUUCCCUUGCUACAUAAGACACUGCCGAAGUGUAAGGAUCCAUGUUGUCCCACAAUUUCUUGCCAAAUUGGGACACAAGAAUUCGGCAAAGCAUUACUAGACCUAGGAUCAAGCGUUAACCUCAUGCCUUAUUCGGUCUACUCGCAAUUGAGUCUUAGAGAGAUUAAGCCCACAUCUGUGGUUCUGCAACUAGCCGAUAGAUCCAUUAAGAGACCACAGGGAAUAGUGGAAGACGUUUUGUUGCAAGUCGACAAGUUUUAUUACCCCCUGGACUUUCUUGUCUUAGAUACACAGUCUGUGGAGGAGGUUCAACUGCAAAGCAACUAUGAAGAUCUUGAAAACCUCCUCCAAAAUUCUGAUUCUAAAAAUUCCGGUUCUGCUGAGUUGGCUCACUUGUCUGCAAUUUUCAGCAGCUCACAAGACAGAGGAACUAAGUUUAGGCCACCAUGUUUUGAGGAGCUCCAAACAGAAAGAGAAAAACUGAAAUCAUCCACCGAGGAGGCUCCAAAAGUCAAGCUAGCCCAAUUACCUGAGGGCCUAAAACAUGCAUUCUUGAGAGAUGAAGGCACAUUCCCAGUCAUCAAGCUGUCUAAACUCGAUGCAUUACAAGAAUGA